GAACAAUUCAGUGAGUGUAAGAGAAAUGACUUGUGGCCCCGUUCAGACACAACCCCUAGCCCCUACACUAGGCUCUGGGAUCUGACUGGCCCUGUUCAGAUGCAUCUCCUAGUUCCUACACUAAGAACUUGUGUAGAUCUGAAAAGAAUGGAUAUGUUUCAGCAAGAAGGCACACGUUCCUCCUUAGCCUAAUCAGAGAGCAAAGUGGAUCUGGCAUCUACCAUGUUCUGUACAAGUGUAUUUUAUGACCUGUAAUGAGUUUCAAAUGACAAUUUCUGUGGAAACAGACAAACUUACCUUCUCACUACCAAAUUGCUUAAACCUAUCCACUAUUGGAUUAACAUGAAGUGUCUAGGAAGUAGAGACGACAUGGGUUGGUUCUGGAUGGAAACCACAUUUCUUUAAAAAGAGCUGUUGACAAAGUGUUAGUGACAGCCUUCUGCAAGUGUUGAAGCCAGCGUCCUCUUCCAAGUUCGAAAUCUCCAAAUGAACGUGUGCACUAAUCUCCCCUUGUCCCUCCUAUUUAUAACUGCUUUAAGAAAGAGGAAGGGCAGCAAUGAGAUUAGAUCAGAGCCUCUUGGAUCUUCUGCUCAAAUGACUUUUACUCUUCUUCCCCACAUAACGGUCCUCAUCAGGGGAAGAAAAGGAGGCUUUGUUCUUCCCCUUGUUGACCAUUGGACUUACAGGACCACAACUGAGAAGUACUGCACGAAGUAAUGCCACUGAAGGGGAUAACUGGGCCUAGAUGAUUUUUAUAAGACGCUUCGGGUGGCUCGGCAAGGUGCACUGAGUCGAUGGAGCUUUUUUUCCGGCAGUGUUUCCUCCCUUGUUCUUCUGUUAACGUCUGAUGAAGACUGCACCCUGGUUGAUACGACUCGCACUUCUGAGUGUUGAAACUGAGUAAAUUCCCUUUGUGUUUUCAAAAAUUAUUGUGCGCUAUUCUUACAUUGUUAACCCAUUUGGGACUGGUUGGUUUCUAUGCACAAUUAAAAGCCAGCACUCACAGAAAACCAACAAAAGUGUCUUGAAAGUGUAUCAUGGAUGCCAAUAGUGCUCAGCUAAAGACUAAGCUGAAAGAGCGACGCUCAACCAUCAAUGUGCUGGGAGCCAGUUUCUCACAGACCAUUGAGGAAGAAAAGGCCUUCUAUUUCUCCCAGGGCAGAUCUGUUAAGCCAUGGAACUCUAUGGAACACCUGGACAGCCCUGCUCCUGAGGGCCAGAUCCCAAGACACCAAAAAGAGACGCUGAGACCACAACAGAACAUAAACAUAAACGUAGGGGGAAAAGUCUUUCACAUUCCCAAGAAGAUGGCCGUCAGAUUCCCUCGCACACGGAUAGGCUCCUUGGCCCUGUGCACAGACCGCGUCAAACAGCUCACUCUGUGCGAUGACUACUCGGUGCUCACCAACGAGUUCUUCUUUGAUCGCGACCCAACUUUCUUUUACUACAUCUUUCACUUCUACAGCAGCGGUGUUCUGUGGGUGAUGCAGGAACUGUGCCCUAUCAACUUCGAGGAGGAGAUGCAGUACUGGGGCCUGAGCUGGAAUGACACCCAGCGCUGUUGCCGUAUCCUGUUUGAGGAGAAGGUGGAUGAACUCCGGGACAAUCUGAAGGUGGAAAAGGAACUCUUAGCGGAGAUCGAGGUAAAGCAUGAUGAGGAAGGCUACAAGACCAUGUUCCUGGGUGGAAUUCGCAAAGACCUCUGGGACCUGAUGGAAAACCCUUACUCCUCGCUGUCGGCCAAAUCCUUUGCAGUUUUCUCUAGCCUCCUGGUGCUCAUCUCCAUCGUGGCUAUGACCCUCAACACUGUGAAGGAACUGAGGACCCACACCCUCUCUGGCAAGACCUACCUGGAAUGGGUAGAGAUUUUCUCCAUUCUCUUCUUCACAUUCGAGUACUUCAUGCGCCUUGUUACCACUUGUGACAUAAAGCACUUUGUCAAAAGCUCCCUGAACUUGGUGGACCUGGUGGCCGUCAUGCCCUACUUUAUCCAGCUGAUAUUUGAAGCGUUUGCCAACGUGGAGGACCUCAGUGCCCAGGAAGAUCUCAAAACCCUGUCUCGUGUCAGCAAGGUCAGCAAAGUGCUCAAAGUUGUCAAGCUGAUGCGCAUCUUUCGCAUCCUGAAGCUGGCCCGCCACUCCACCGGCAUGAGGGCGUUUGGGUUCACCCUGCGCCAGUGCUACCAGCAGGUGUGUUGCCUUUUCCUCUUCAUCGCCAUGGGCAUUUUCAUGUUCUCUGCCCUCCUGCAUUCGGUUGAACGUGAUGUCGAAGGCUCUCCAUUCAGGAGUAUUCCUGAUACCUGGUGGUGGGCGACGGUGAGCAUCUCCCAAGUGGGUUAUGGGGACGUGGUGCCCGUAUCCCUUCCUGGCCGCGUGGUGGCAUUCUCCUGCAUCUUCUUCGGCAUCAUUCUCAAUGGCAUGCCCAUCUCUCUCCUCUUCAACAAGUUCUCAGACUACUACGCCAAGCUCAAGUACCAGGAGUCCACCUCAACCAGCGUGAAACGCCGCUUGAUGCUCAAGGCCCGUCUCCGUCGCAAACUGGACGUGUGCUUCAAUCCCUCUAUGGGCGACCUGGAGGAAGGCAGGAGCCACUGAGCUCUAGACAGGAUGUACUUUUUUGACAUUGCAGGGGGUAUUUCAAGACUUCUCUACCAAAUCACCAGUGGGGAAUGGUCUGGACUAAUAGGAGUGAAAUGGAGCUAACGAUAAGGACGGGGGACACAAAAAGCAGACUCAUAGAAAGGAUGUACAAGGGAGGAUGUGGGUGUCACCCUAUGUUAGGGACUGACACUGCGAUCUUGAGCAAUUUCCUGUUACUGUAGAGCAGUUCCUGUAAAAGUCAAUGGUAUGUGGUGUUAUGUGCAUAGUGUGUUUAAGCGCGCAGACCAGAGGGUUGUAAGUUACAGUACAUUGUAAAUGCAGUAUACCAUGUUGCAAUCUUUGCUCUAUUUACUUGCACAAAUAUAAAGAUGAUUCUUGUCAUAGUCUAUCAUGUCCAUGACUCUUAUCGUUGCUUAUCAUAAGCAUGUGUAAUCUUUAUGAAUGUAUAUACAUAUAUAUUUGUACUAUUCUAUUUAAACACUUCAUUGAACACAGUCAAAUCGCAAGAGUUAAUUUAACUCAUAUGGUGUCAAAUGUAACACUAUAUGGUCCCACCCACAUUUUGUGUUAAAACUACUCUGGUCAUGGUGUUGAUAUUUUUGGAGUUAAAACGACAAUUGUGUAAAUAUCCAACUCUCAGAGUUGCUUAAAUUUAACUCAAAUUUUACACUUUUCUGUGUUUGGAAUUAACAAUCAACUACAGCAGAGUACAUUUCUCUUUCAGUUUACUUCCUUUGAGUUAUAAGGGUGUGAAGCCUUAUUUGAAUAUUUCUUAGUGUCGCAUUAUAUGCUGGUUUGUAAUGUGAUAUCCAAUCUCUGUUGGAAACCCACUUACAGGAAGAUGUCCAGCACUUUUACAUCACUCACAACUUGCAUUUAGAAUGCCUGACGGAGUAGAGAAGAAAAUGCAGUAUAUGAAGACUAGCGAUGGGUUCUUUUGCGAACGAACUACUCUUUUUAUUUAUUAUUAUUAUUAUUUUUUUUAACGGCUCUUUUUGUCCGAACUCAACGAUUUGAACACCUGUAACUGCUAUUUCCUGCAACCUAGAGCAAAAAAAUUGCCAUAUGUGAUAACAAAUAGUUAUUUUAAGAAGGUGGUGGUGGUGGGGCUCAGAUUUCUUUUCAUUUUUGAACACCUGGUCAUUUAUGGCUAGCUAAGUUAUCAAGCUAGCUACGUUAGCUAAGCAGUUGUGUUGUCGAAUAUGAUCAUUAUUGGCCUCAUUCCACUUUUUAGUACAACCAUUCAUGAGAAAUUGUUCACCUAUAUUUGAACAUCGUCUACAAUUAGUGUCAUCUUCAAUUAAAAUAUUAACUUCCCCGGUAAA